AGAAGUGGGAAACGUGGAGACUGGAGACGUUGGGACGCUUUUCCUAACCUUUUGGUUCGACUCCCUAUGUACUCCGUGGACGCUACAAGACUUUACCGAGAAGGGGAUGAAAAGAGAGUUUGUUUCCGGUCUCGGACGGAGGACCGUAUCCAUGUACGGAGGAGACCAACAAGUCUGAUCACGUUCAAUUGAGUCUCCAUCAAGUUGGAAUACCCAUACAGACGACAGACGACAGAGCACAAACUACAAACUACAGGUUGUUGUACUCUGUACUCCGCAUUAAUUCCAGGUAUUUGGAUGACCGAGUCAAGUCUCUGCCAGAACGAGAGCAACCACACAAUAGACUACGCGGGGCCGGCUUUGCUUCUUCCGUACACACAGCAAGUUCCAGGACUGGUACUCCGUACACUUAUUCCGUUCCAACAAGAAAGAACUAGUAGAAGGCCUCGCAAGAUCUUUCGGGCGGACCACGGGACUUUUGCACCGAUACCUACAGGACCUCUAUUACUCGAGAAGGAAAAACCCGUGUGCCAUUUGUAUAUAUGGCUUGAUCCUUGGCGGGCGAGCAAAGGGUCGCUUCAACCUGAGCUUUUGCCUGAGCAUCACUGAGCGCUCCGGGGACGCUCCCUGAGCACCGCACCGAGUGCCUAAUCAGGCCCCCUAGUAGUCGGCCAAACCUGCCUCUCGACUAG